GCUGGUGGGUUUAUUACGAAACAUUUCGUCGACGUUUCUGCCGGUUUUCAAGUCAUUUGUGUGUCUUUUUGUCUUGUCAUCGCUGCUAUUGCAAUCAAGCAUGCGCUUCUCAUCUCUUCUCUCCUUCGCCAUAGCGAGCGCAUCCAUCUGCGCUGCGCUGCCAACAGAUUUGACCAACUUCCUUCUCGUCACCACCUCGCAGAUAGAUGCUAGUGCGAAUACCUCCGAACUCAAAGCUGUAUCCGCCACCUCGUUAUUUGACCCCUUCCACCAACCCGCUCUUCUCCUCCGCUUAACAGGCCCCGGUUACGGUUCGCUCCCCAACUUCACUCUGACCGACGGGACGCUUUCCACCAUCGCCUUAGCGCCUUUCGGUAACACAUAUCGUCGUUUCAACAGCACGGUUGUGACAACUGGGUCGGAGUUGCAGUUCCUCGCUUCGGUGCAGCCAACGGGCAAUAUCGCGUUGGACGAGGGAUACCUCUUGACUGUCGACGGUCAGAGGGAAGGCUGGACGAUAUGUGAGGGUGCUUUGAGUAAUGAGGUCUUGAGCUGGAGGGGCAAUGCGAGUGAUUGCACAAAGACGUAUGUGCAUGCUGUGUUGAAGGCACCGUACUAGACUCGAAUAUAUUCGGGAGCGUGAAUACCUUGGCCAAUUCCAGUAAAACAGAAAUGAUGUCUGAUGGCAUAGUCCCAUGAAAAUUGUUUCUCAUCCUGUGCCGUUGAGGAACUUGCGCCACCAGACUGUUUCCGCGUCCAGGAACCAUGGACUCGCUGCUGCGAUUAGUUCUUCUGGUGAUGGCGCUGUUCGGGGAUCCAAGUGUGCGAGAGCCAUGACGAAGACGUCGCAAGUUGUUAGGCUUGUACGUGC